CGAGAAAAGGAAGACGAAGGCAAGUAGGAGGUUCUGCACGGAGGUCAUACGAGAUGCCGGAGACUUCUGAUGAGAGUGUGAGGGGUGGACUGUACAAAGCUCAACCAAAUUGUGACACAAAGAUCAAAGAGCCAUGCCCUCCUACUCCUCCUCCUGCUCAGGCCAGGGACAUGGUGUCACCACCUGCCUCAGGAAGUCAGUGUUGGAGCAGUAUGGAGGGCAUUAGGGAGAAGCAGCAGAGACCGUCAGUGCUGCGUCAAGUUUCUCUAGCAGCUUCCCGAAGACUACACGCACAUCAAGAAAAUAUUACAGCUGUCUCCAUUUGCAAGGAAGAGGUGGAUGCAGGCCACCUUUCCCAGUCCUCAUCACCACACAUGGGCUCCUCUCCCAGGCAAAGCCAUCACUACUUCUUCCCAUCGAGAAGAGAUGGUCCAAAGCAGGGCUCCACUGAGGCCAGGCAUCAUAAUAGCAUCCCUGAGGCGACCAGUGCUUUGUUUGUGAGUGGCCUCUGCCGCUGGCCUGGCUGCGAUGCUGUGUCUGAAGAUUUUCCUAGUUUUUUAAAGCAUCUGCAUUCUGAACACAGUCAUGGUGAGAGGAGCAUUGCCCAGUGGAAGGUCCAGCAAGAUAUUGUUCAGUGCAUGGAAAGUCAGCUCAUCUUGGAAAAACAGAAACUCAUUGCGAUGCAACUGCAUCUGCACCUCUCCGGACACAAAUACAGCGAUUUGAAGGCAGCUUCUGAGUGGUCGUACAGCCUUCCUGUGUUCCUUCCCCAGCCUCUGGUAACAGAUGGAGAUGGAGUGCAACAGUGGAGCACUACACAUCUGGAAGAGCUGUCCCAGCAAGGCUACAGAGCUGCCAGUUCUGCCCACCUACUGUCAGAUUUGGUCACCAGUAUUGAAUGUUACAAAUACAACAACAUCAGGCCUCCGUACACCUACGCCUACUUGAUAAGAUGGUCUAUUCUGGAGUCUCCAGACAAACAGCGCACUCUGAAUGAGAUUUACAACUGGUUUACUACCAUGUUCUUCUACUUCAGACACAACACUGCAACCUGGAAGAAUGCAGUGCGGCACAACCUCAGCCUACACAAGUGUUUUGUGCGAGUGGAGGGAGGAAAGGGGGCUGUGUGGACAGUGGAUGAAACAGAGUACCAGAGGAGGAAAGGGCAGAAAUAUCACAGGGACUGUCCUGUGAAGUGGCUCAAGUCUUACUCUCAUUACUCCCCAGAGGAUCCCUGAACACCAGCAGCAGGAGUAACAUCCACAUGUCGUGCUACACAAAGUGAAGAAUCAUUAAAUGCCUCCUUGUAUUUUGCUUUAUUUUUAUAUGACUUGUUAGUCACGGUUGUAUCAUUUGUUACAGAAAGAUGUUUUGUACACAUAUCUAACAACAGACUUGUUACCAUUGAUUUCUAAUUCCAAAAUAAGUGUUGCAAAAUAAAUGAAGCCAACUUUUAUGGG